AUGACAGAAAUCCGCCAUCGAAACAUUGUGAAGCUCUACGGGUUUUGCUCACAAAGAUAUCACACUUUUGCUGUUUAUGAGUGCAUGGAAGGUGGGACUUUAGCCGAUUUUCUGAAAAGUGACUCAAAGGCAUUAAAGUUAGAUUGGCUUAAGAGGGUGGAUAUUGUCAAAUGCGUAGCAGAAGCUUUAUCUUAUAUGCAUCAUGAUUGUGAUCCACCAAUUAUUCAUAGAGACAUAUCAAGCAAAAAUAUAUUAUUGUCUGCAAAUCUUGAAGCCCAUGUGUCAGAUUUUGGCACAGCAAAGUUCUUGAAGUCUAACUCAUCAAUUUUGACGGCAUUUGCUGGCACACUUGGCUAUGCUGCUCCAGAGCUUGCAUAUACGAUAACAGUGUCUGAGAAAUGUGAUGUGUUUAGCUUUGGUGUAUUGGCUUUUGAAAUUCUCAUGGGAAAGCAUCCUGGUGAUCUAAUUUCUCAUGUACACGCCUUUGAUGAUGAUCCAAACAUCAACUUCAAAGAGAUUUUAGACCCCCGUUUGUCACCUCCUAAAGAGCAGCAAAAGUUGAUGAAGGAAGUGAUUUUGAUUGCAAAUCAAGCUAUUUCAUGUUUACGAGCCAACCCUUCAUGUCGACCAACCAUGCGAAGCAUCGCCCAAAUGGUGGAUCGUGCUCAUCAUCAUUAGCUUGUUCUCAUGUACAAUCCUCUGGUUAAUAUAGUGUCUUUGUACCUUUGCAUGAAGCUAAUUAGCCAACCGCCUAUUAUUGAAAGAUCUGUCAGCUGAUGUUUUGGGUACUUAAAUAAUGGUAUCUUGUAGUUUCUAUUUGGAACUGGAAACCAUCACUUUGUAAAUUUAAAAAGAAAAAUUAAUAUGCAUGCCCCUGCGAUUUAUCUCAUUUUAA